CAUCGAACCACCAUCCGCCCCUUCCUUCCCCCUUUGGUUCAAGAUCGCAUAUAUAUACCCCCAUUGGACUCGACUCUACUCUCUUGACGAUCACGAGUAUCUCACGUGAGCAGCAGGUCACUCUCUGCUCGAUCUCGACGACAGAGGAACUUGACGCGGGCACCGCUUCAUCCCUGGUUACGCCUUCCUAAUCAUCGGGCCCAAGACGCGUGACGAUCAUCAUACCGCGCCUCGUCUUGGUCUCACACCGCCGAGAUGAACAGUCCGCGACGGUCCUCGAGGCGGCCUACCCUCGGAGACACCUCUACUGAUACAUUCGCGUCGUCUCCUGGCUACCUUCCCACAAAUCGAGCCAAAUUUGGAACCAAUAACAAUAAUGGCAACGGACAACGCAGAUUCGAGGAUUUCCUGGACAGCAGCAAUCACGACGCCGCAAGCAACACAAGAGCAUUUGCAGCCAGUGACGCCUUCCCUGCGGCAGCAUCGUCGUCAGAAGCAGACGAUACAUUUGCAGCAGCCAUUGACAAGGGCAGGAAGAGGACGGCAGACGAGGAAUUGAGGGCACCACCAAAGGCAAAGGAGGCGGCAGUGACCAGGGCGCCGAGAAAGACCUUUAACGAAGAGGCGGAUGCAUCCGGCUUCGUCUUUACGGUUGAGCCCAGGAAGCUGCCGAACGCGAGCCUCAGCAACCAGGCUACAGCAUCUUCGUCCUCCGCCUCUAGCAUGGGUCCUCCCGCUCUGCCGACUGCAUCGCGUAUCCGAGAGCCUCUGCCAUCAGAUACCGUCGGCGAGACGCCCAUCAAUCGCAAGAAUCGCCUCUUCCGCUCGGGCCCCCUUCACCCAUCCACGCCCUCUAGCAGCAGACCACGGAGCGGCAAACCCCCUCCUGCCUCGCGAUCCAGCUCAGCCAGUCGUCGCACGUCCUUGAAUCUCAAAGGCGACCGCAGAUCUUCCAGUCUUCGAGAUGGUACACCUGCCUAUCCCCAUCCUGGGGUGCCAGAUAAGGAGCUAUAUCGCCAUUGUGCGGACAACAUCCCUCCAGUUGUCAGGAUGACUCAUCUGGCAGCAUGGACACUGGAACGGUCCCGGUCUAAAGUGCUGGAAACUGUGCCGUCCACAUCCAUUGGCUCCUAUGUAGGACCAAAGGGCAAGAGGACCCAGAAGGAGCAGGAAGCCGAAGGUAGCAGUCAAUGGACUGCCCAGGAGAGGAAGUUGCUGGAGAGAUGCCGUCCGUCCUUGGAGAGGGUCCUUCUAGACACAUUACGCGACUUGAACGGCCAGACGAUCAACCUCAGCUGGCUCAACGUCAAGAAGGACCCGCGCGCCUCGAAUGCGUCCACGACGAAGCGCAAUCCACGCAACGAGGAGAAUCGAGCCAUCUCUGAGCAGCUCUCCUCCCUCGUUGAGACCCUGAGGGCCGAGAACACACGUUGGGAAGCCGAGUCGAGCUCAGUUGAGGCGUUUGAAAGGGAGACUGCAGAGCUGAAUCGCAUCAGGUCGAACUUUACGAUGGACCAGCUAGGCUCCAUGGCCUCUUCGGAUGUGACUGCGCCCCCACGCAUCCCUGCUGAAGGCAGUAGUAAAUCUUCAGCUUCGACAGCAGGAGGUGCUGCCAAGGCAGUCGAGUGGGAUCUCGACGAUUUGGACGAGGAGAGCAGAGCGAUGAUGAGGGACGCGCAGCGUGCAUUGGCCAGAGAAGAAGGCUGGCUGCCACCCUCUUCGCAGGAGACGGAGCUGGUCGAGGUAGCUGUUAGGGCUGCUGCCGCUGCGCAGAAGAACGCAAUCAACGGUGCGGGCGGAGACAAGAGGAAGAGUCGGAUUGUGGCUGCCGAGACUUCGAAAGCGCUGAUAGAAGGCUCAGAAAAGGAUGCGAGAUGGAAAGACUUCGAGUUUCAGACGGACGUCCUCCACUCCUAUACCCAUCUCCUGGAUCGACUCAACUUGUUGUCCUCUUUGUACACCAGCGCCACCUCGUCUCGGGCAGCUCAAGCGCUACACCAGCUCGCCUUCGCAUCCGGUGACGUCCUUGGCUCCUCGUCUUCCGCCUCUGCCGACCUGCCUGGCUCCUCUGGCUCAGCAGGCGCUACGGCGGACAAUCGUUCAGCGGGCCGCGAACGCAAAGAGAAGCUGCUCAGGGGCAUCCGCGAGUCCAUCGGGCCCGUGAGGAGGCUCGAGCUGGAGGCUGAACUCAGAGCUCGAGGUGACGAGGACGAAGAGAGACUCAUCAAGUCCGAGGGGGGAGGAGGGGCAGACGACUCUGGAAUCCACCUGGCGGACCAGAGCGCAGUAGACCUGUUCAGAGCCUUUGCCAGCGGGGGAUCCACCUCGAGGGGUCGCAAGAGCGGAGCUGGGGUACCAGCGAGCAGGGGAAGUCUAGGCGCGGCGGCAGCAGCAGCGCCCAUCAGUGGCAGGCAGAGUAGUGGGUUGGGUGGUGAAGGGGCAGGGGCACCUUCCUCUGCUCUUGCUACGGCUGCAGCAUCAGCUCCUGCUGCAGCCAUGCGACGUACCACAGGAAGAAAGAGCAGACGCUGAGGACGGGAAAGGCCCUCCAUGCACUUCUGGUCACUUUCACGACUGGCCUGCCUCAAUCCAAUUCGGCUUCCACUCAAUGUCUCCACCCUUGUUGUAACAAAUGUCAUCGAUCUAUGCAUCUCUCGGGUCUCGCAUCCUUGCGUACGCGGAGGCCUGACGUGUGCGUUGAAUUGGACUCAUCUAUUGCGCUAACUCCCGUCUUGGCCAUCUCUGAAAUCAUACUUUGCCGCAGUGCUCAGGCUCAAUAAUACGCUCCCUUGCCCGCAUAAGCCCCCUCUGUAUCCUCGCCUCCCUCAGCACCAAUGAGGAAGCCCUGUCCACCGGAUUCGCCCGUGCCCUCACGCCCGAAAGCAG